UCUUGGUCGAGAGGCCCAACAAGACAUGACUUCAUUAUCGCGACUCUAGAACCCUAUUACCCGUAUACGUUAACGGCCCGCGGUCUUGGAAGACCCCAUCGCAAGUCUAGAGGUGGCUUACUCCUCACAGAGCUCGUUCUGGUUGCUUGGCCCCCCGGCCCUGGCCCCGUUCGUGCGCCAUUUGCAUUGCAUUUGCAUUUGCUGCAUUUGCCUCAGUGCCUCAGUGCCUCACACACCCACCCGUGUGAGCUCUUGUAAACGGGUUUCCCGUGUCGUCUGUCAAACGCUGUCGAAACUCGCGCAUUCACACUUUCCCGCAUACCAUACCCCAGCUGAACGCUUAUACCCUCGCCCUGCGCCGCUAGGCGAUGUUCACCACAACAACCACGCCAGUUCUCCCAACUGCGACUGCUGUAUCCCCCAAUUCCACCUCCCCACGGCCCACGGGCGUUCACAGAGGCAUCAGCUUCCUGCGCAAUCUACACCUGCACUCAAACAGCCAAGGCGACCCUCCACGUGAGGAUUCCCGAACGGGAACACGACCACGCGCCUCAACACACACUCCACCUGCCUCGCCUGCCUUUGCCUCCUCGUCCUCCCACCCCACUGUCCCCCGUCGAGAGUUGCUAUCGAGGAGCCAGACAGCCGACAGUCAACUGCCGCCGACCGACUCCCCACCCGCCUCUCCGAAACCGACCAUGACGAGAACCCGUUCAGAGACGGCCCAACCUCAGCUCCAGGUGCGCAACAACACGGGGCCAACGCCGACCUCAACGCCAGGACCCAACAGCGCACAACCAAUGGAAGGCGCCUCCGAUAGCACAGGCGCGGCCAAGCACCUGCCGUCGAUUCGCUUUAUCCCGCACCAGGAUCCCCGAGCCGGAAGACCUUCGUUGAUCUUCCCCACCAUCAACCGUACGCUGCCCGACGAGAGUGCAAUCCUUCGCGUAGGAAGGUAUUCGGAGCGCGACAACAUACCCGAAGUCCAGACCAACGCCCCAUCGGCUGCCGCCAUCGGAUUCAAGUCCAAGGUCGUCAGUCGGAAGCACUGCGAACUGUGGUGCAAGGACGGAAGCUGGUAUAUCAAGGACGUCAAGAGCUCAUCGGGCACCUUUUUGAAUCACAUUCGUCUAAGUCAGCCCAACGUCGAGUCAAAACCAUUCCGGAUAAAGGAUGGCGAUAUCAUCCAACUGGGCAUCGAUUUCCGUGGGGGAGAGGAGAUGAUCUUCAGAUGUGUCAAGAUUCGUGUUGAGUGCAAUCGUGGCUGGCAACAGGGGCUGAACACAUUCAAUAAACAAACCCAUCAGCGACUACGAGCACUUGCCAAGAGCAAGAAGGAAGUCACAGGAGAUGCUUCAUCUACGCAUACGUCCGAGUGUGCCAUCUGUUUGAUGUCAAUAGCGCCUUGUCAGUCGCUAUUCGUAGCACCCUGCUCCCACGUCUGGCACUACAAGUGCAUUCGUCCCAUCUUAAACGGUCCCACUUGGCCCAACUUCCUCUGCCCGAACUGUAGGGCGGUAGCGGACCUUGAAGAAGACGUAGAAGAUAUGGGCGAGUUCGAAGACUGGGAAGGCGAUGAGGAAGUAGUCAAUGGUGCCACAAUUCCUGAUGCCAGCGCAGAGCAGGGAGACCGCCACGUCACACCUCGUGCCUCUGUUGCCCCUCUCAACGGUGCCGAUUCUGAUGGCGGUGUUGAUCUUACGGAUCUACAUCACCAAAUCACAAACAUUGAGAACCAAUCGGCAUUGGAGACUCCCGAUCGCCAGCUUACACCUCCAACAUCGUCCGUCACACAACCGGUCUCUAUCAACGUCAAUGGAGCGAACGACUAUAUGGGACUGUCGCCUCUGCAUCCUCCUCACGGCAGUGGCCUAACGCCUGAUCGCGUACAGGAUGGUCCCAUGACUCCAAGGAAUGAUGCUGGGCCGUUUGUUCUCGAUGGUAGCGCUGGACGUGCAGCAGGCAGUCGAAUGCGCGACACAUCUCCGUCCGACUCCGAUAGCAGUGGAGCGCGAAGCAAUAACGGUGCACCGACUCUACCUCCUGUACGCUUCGACUAGUCAAUCGCUAAGUGGGCGAGGUGCCUUGACCAACUCUUUCUCUUAUUCCCUCGUUUCGGGGUCUUUUUGCAUCUUUUCGGGAGUUCUGGCGUGAUCAAAGCGAAUGUUAUGAUGGAAUGGUGGAUCAUGUUGCAAUGCGAUAUACUUCAAGAUCAACUAAACAUCUGUGUCUCUGUCCGUGUCCGCGUGAAACAUGCAAUCUUCUGGUAGUUGUGCUAUUGGGUAUCUACGCUAUAAGACUGCAGAUCAUAACUCACAAAAGGCCAAUAACGAUCAUUACGUAUGUACAC